GCCUCCUGCUUCUCACAGUUACACAAGCAACAAUGGCCGCUGUUCUGCCUCAUCUUCAUCUCUCUCCUAACCCUUCUUGUUGUCGUACUAUUAACUACGUUAAUCCCAAGCGGAGGGUUGGCAUUUCAAUCCAAUGCUCCGACGAUUCCUCUCCCCCUAACCGCGGAUUUGGCCCGAAAUCAAGAAACAAGAAUUUGAAAUCGUCCCCUAAGCAAUCCUCCAACCAGGCGCCUGGUUUAAAUUCUCCAACUGGUGGAAGAAUGAAGUACACUUCUUCGGAUGAUCUUGAGUUCGAGCAGCGUCUCCAAGCUGUUAGAAAGUUGGCGCUUGAGCAGAAAAAAGCAGAAGAGCAGAAAGAAUAUGGGGCAAUUGAUUAUGAUGCUCCAACUGAGACAAACAGUAGCACAAUUGGACUAGGGACUAAGAUCGGAGUUGGAGUUGCAGUUGUUACAUUUGGGUUGGUGUUUGCUUUUGGAGAUUUUCUCCCUUCUGGAAGUGUUAACCCUGCACAGGAGGAUGCUACUGUUGCUAAAAAGAUUCCAGAAGAAGUAAGAGCGAUCCUUGAGAAGAGGCUGAAGCAGUUUGAAGAAACACUUAGAAUGUUUCCUGAAGAUUCAACUGCUCUAGAAGGAGCUGCAGUGACCUUAGCAGAAAUGAGAGAAUAUAAAAGAGCCGCGACAUUGCUUGAAAAAUUGACUGAGAAGAAACCAAGUGAUCCUGAUGCUUUUCGCUUGCUUGGUGAAGUCAAAUAUGAGCUCAAAGAUUACGAAGGAAGUGUUUUUGCAUAUAGAAGUGCUGAAAGGGCCUCAAAAAGUGUCGAUUUUGAAAUCCUUCGAGGUCUUACAAAUUCGUUGCUAGCUGCCAAAAGACCUGAUGAGGCAGUUCAAGUGCUCCUGGCAUCUCGUGAACGCCUGAAUAAAGAAAAAUCUAAGCGUAAUGAUGAUGGGAUUGUCAGCACAGCAGAAAAGAGAUCUGAUGUGGAUCCCAUUCAGGUUGACUUGCUGCUUGGAAAAGCCUAUUCAGAUUGGGGCCACAUCAGUGAUGCAGUAUCUGUUUAUGAUCAACUUAUCUCUAGCCACCCUGAUGAUUUCAGGGGUUACUUGGCGAAGGGAAUUAUCUUGAAAGAGAAUGGAAGUAUUGGUGAUGCAGAGAGAAUGUUUAUACAGGCACGUUUCUUUGCACCUGAUAAAGCAAAGAUACUGGUGGACAAAUAUUCGCGAUGAUCGAUGUUGCUGUACAUUGCCAGAAUCUGGAAAUUUUGAAUGAAGUAGACGCAAGGAAUAGUUACUACAAAGAGGUGGCAUUAUUGGCAGUGCCAAUUGCUCUAUAGAACUGAACAAGGUACAUAAUUUACUUUCGGUGCAACCCCAAUGAUGAACAAGGCCAAAAGCCAUCAAGAGGUUUCAUCUGUAUCACCAUCCAGCAGAUAUUGCAAUGCAUAUACAGAAAGUAGUUAGGGAGGUAAUGGUGGGGAGGAAAUUGGUAGGCUAGUUGUGCAUGUUCCUUGUGAAUCUGAUAUUGUACUUUCCAAGUUGCUGGCAUUAGUAUGAACAUAGAGGGUUGUGUCUGGAAGAAAACAAUUUAAUGAAAUGGCCUUAAUUUUUGUUC